ACAGUCAUGUGCGGUACGCGAAAACAGCAGCUGUUAUGUGACACCUGUUGAAAAUAAAUUUGAAGUAUUUCCGACCUUUCCUCUUCCGUCUCUCUCAGUUCCUAUCUAACACAGUUUGUAACGGAUUACUGAUGUGAAGUGAUUACAAUGUCAAGAAAGAUUUACACGAAAUUUCUACCAAUUGUCCAACGUUGCAGACUGAUAACGGGAUUCAAUUUCGACAGUACGGUGAAGCGCAAGUAUGGAAAGUCAUGCUCCUUGUACAACAAUGCGAACGGCACAUUGCCCGUGCACGAAGAACUGCAGGGAAUUUUCAAAUUUAGAAACACUAAAGUCAGCAACUGGAUCAUAGAGAACAAGGCACGCACUCUAUGUAUCCGGUAUAUCGAAAGUAACAAGGAAGAUCGUCGACAGAUCUUGCAUACAUUGGCUGUACAAUAUUCUGUCCAACAUGAUAACAUAUGUCAGGUAGCCAGGAAGUUAAUCUGCACCAAGCCUGAGAAUGAAAGACAAAUGAUUACCUAUGAAAGAACUUUGAAAGAUAUUCUCACACCAGCUUAUCACUGGUUGUUUGUUAUCAUAGGAAGAUUAGAGCAUGGUGUGAAGUUCUUAGUUGACCUGAGAACUGAUGUUUUGGAACUAAUGGCAGAAGUAAGCAAUGCAGAUGAAAGUAUAAUAAUACAGCAAUUAAAUCAUACCCUGCGAGAUUUGUUUCUACUUUGGUUUUCAGUAGGUUUCUUGCAUAUGGAACGAAUAACAUGGGAGAGCUCGUGCGACAUAUUGCAGAAGGUAUCAGAUUAUGAGGCUAUACAUCCUAUGAAAAAUUGGUUGGAUUUAAAACGCAGAGUUGGACCAUACAGAAGAUGUUACAUAUUUACACAUCCAUCCAUGCCGAGAGAACCGAUCGUUAUGUUACACACAGCAUUAUGCGACAUUAUUCCAGAUAGUGUGAAAGGUAUCGAAGAAGCCGAAACUAGAAUCUUGGGAAACGCGAAAAAACGUGUAACUUUUCUGGAAGAAGACAAAACUAAAAUAAAAGCUGCAAUAUUCUAUUCCAUAGCGUCUACUCAGAAAGGAUUGCAGGGCAUUGAACUUGGUAAUUACCUCAUAAAAGAAGUAGUCAAUGAAAUCACAACUGAAUUUCCAGUCAUACAGUUAUUAUCCAGCUUAUCACCGAUACCUAACUUCAGAGCUUGGUUACUCGAAAAAUUAAAGCAAGAUACGAAAUAUAUAUUCACCAUGCAAGAAUACGAAAUCAUGAAAGAUACUUUAAAAACAGAAGAUGUAGUAUCAGCUCUAAAAAACAUUCUAGGAACAUCAUUAUGGACGAGCAAUAAGGAAUUGUCAACAUUUUUAAAGGAACCACUACUUCGAGCAUGUGCCUGGUAUUUAUAUAAGGAAAAAAGACGCGGCUAUGCCUUAAAUAAUGUCGCAAAUUUCCAUUUACGUAACGGAGCUGUGAUGUGGAGGAUAAACUGGUUAGCCGAUCCUUCACCGCGCGGAGUAGCUAAUAGUUGCGGCAUAAUGGUCAAUUACAGAUAUUUCUUAGAUGAAUGUGAGAAAAACAGCCGGAAUUAUAUUGAACACUUUGUUAUAAAUGCUUCGGAAAGUGUAAUUAAUCUGGCCACGCAAGCGGAUAAAUUAAGAGCUGUGCGAUGACGUGUGCCAUGAAAAAUUAU